AAACUUGUCAAAUUUUUCUUAAAAUGCGGAUAAUACUAACCGCCUUUUCGUGCAAUUUCUGUUGAAAUUAAUAAUAUGUUACAAUUAAAAGACAUAUAAAAGUUGUAUUGGGUGGUAGCUUUUCAGUUAGUAAAAAUGACGAAGUGGAAGUUAUGCCGUCAAACUUUCGGCAGUGAAACUUAUUCCUUUUCGGAAGGAGAAGAAGUGUCUUUAGGCCGAGGAUUUAACAAUACCAUAACAUUGUCCAGUUUAGUUGUAUCUAGGACACAUUGUUUGAUAAAGUUUCAAAGAAACCAAAUACUUAUAACAGAUUUAAAUAGUUCCAAUGGAAUAUAUGUUGGUACAAAAAGAAUUCCGGCAAACAUACCAUACGCAAUAAAGGAAUCUGAUGUAAUUGGAAUCGGAUGGGCUAUAGACGUACCACUUGGUAAAAUUCAGGAUAAUGAAAAAUUUGUUUUCAAAGUUGUCAAAGAACCAAUGUCUGUAAUAGACAGGAUAACUUUUCAAGAUGAUGAGUUAGACAUCAUUGAAGAAAAAAUCGCCAGUUUGGAGGGCACUGAAACAACUAAAAAUGAUUUAUUUGAAAGCAAACCAUUUUUAAAACGGAAAUUUUUAGAAUCUAAUUCUUUGCCAAGAAUAAUAGAAAACAAUAAAAUAAAAAAUGAACCUAUUAAUAUGCUAGAUGGUGAUGAAAUAAUUCAAAUUUCCGACAGCGACACAGAAAAUAACUUUAAACAGCCUGAAACAGUACUAAGAAAAAAACCAAAAUUAGAGCCAGUAUCUGAAGAGCCCCAUAAAGAAACAUGUAUGCAUAACAAAAAUGAAACCAAUUUAAAUCAUAAAGGACUGAAAUUGGCAAUAGGCAAUGGGGAUUCUCGCAGGGAUUUUAUUGAAACUAACUUUAAUCCAAAAACUCCAAACUGUGAUCAACCCAAUGAAUUUCCUCAAAAAGAAAAUAUACAAAUCAAAAAUGAAAUAAAAACUGAUAAUGAGUAUUUAGAAUUUGAAGCUUUCAAUGUAAAACAAGAAUAUUCAGGAUAUGAUGAAGCUAUUGAAAUUGAUAGUGACAGUGACAGUGAAUCAGAACAUUGGUACUUGAGAUUGUCACAGAGCUCUCCAGGUAAACCAUUUAUGAAAAUCCCAGAGAAAAUGGACAAUAAACCAGAAGAUAGCUCUUACAGCCAAAUGGAUGAUGGUCUUGACUGUAGUGCCUAUUUAAACAAUGAAAACGAAUAUUUAGAUGAAGCUAUAUCUAUACCACCUCAACCACCUGAUGCUGAUAAUGAAUUAUCAGAAGCUGUUGCUGAAAUACUUUAUGAAAGCAAUCAAACUGCUCAAAAUAGUUCUAAAGCUCAAAUACAUGAAGUUGAUCUUAUGGGAAAUCUUUCACAUUCUAGAAGUCCACCUAGUUCUGGUAAAGAUGAAAUUGAUGGAUAUUGUACAAAAGAAGCACUCCAUGUGACUACAACUACUACUACCAAGGUUUUAGAACCUCCUGGAGGGAAAAAAGCACAAAUGAUUGAACCUCUACACCAAGUGAAAAGAAAAAUAGGUCUUAGUACAAAAGCAAGUCUCUCUACAAAAACAAUUCAAAACAUAGAAACAAAACAAUCCACUAAAACCAGUGAGAAUGAAAGCAAAGCAACUGCUAAACCAGAAAGUAAAUCAAAAAGAUCUUCCAAGCAUGAUAAAAAAACAAAACACACUUCAAAAUCCCAUAUAACUAAUUCACAAAAAGAAGAACGGAAAAGAAAAUUAAAGGAAAUUGCUCAGAAAGGUAAAGAAGAACCUGAGCCAGUUUCUUCCCAUCAAGAAGAUAAAUCUACGAAGUCAGUGUCUCAUAUAAAAGUUACAUCUUCAACCAGACAAGCAUUUUUAACCGAUGAACUAAUUAGGAAACCAAUAAAGAGAAAAGAAAGUCCACCAAAAACAAAAACAGACAAAAUAAAGAAAGGAAGUGCAUCCCCAGAAGAUAAAAAUAAAUCUAUGGAUAAAACUAAUGAUGUUGAACAUAGAACCAAAUUAGAAGAAAAAUCUAAAAAAGACAAAAUCAAAAAACAAAGUGUGUCCCCAAAAGAAGUCCAGAAAAAUAACUCUACAGAGCAAAUAGAUGAUGUUGAACACAGCACCAAAUUACAAGAAAAGUCUAACAAAAAGGAAAGUAAACAUUCCAACAACAAAACUAUACACUGUCCAAAAGAUCCCAAAUGCAAUGGCAUUACAAAAAGUAGUAAAUCAGAUUCAAAAACAUCAUUAAAGACCUUGAAACCAUCAAUAGAAAAUGUUAAUUCAAAGGCACAAGAUUUAAUUGAAAAGAAAAAGAAACGGACGGUCCGUUUUUCGGAAGCACCACCAGAAGUGCAUUAUUUCACAAUUGAGGAUGGAAAUAAGAUGAAGAAAACUAGUUUAGCCCAAACGAAUUUAGGGGUCACCAGACAAAUGCCCUGUCUUUCUCUAGAAAGAACUACUCUGAUGAAAAUCUUGCGAUGGAAUCCUCACUGGUUAGAGGAGCAAAUAAACAAUAAUGACCCACCACCAAUACUGGGGCAUAGUAAUCCACCUUUAGCUGUCUUCCAGUCAUUUAGCAACCACAACCAAUAUGUGCAGUUAAUUGGAGAUUUACUACUAAUGGAAAUUUGGGAAUGUUUAACAAUAGCUUAUAUGAAACUGCGUAAUCAAGAUGUUGGUAUAAGAAUGGUCAUUGCGUCGUUACCACCUGCACCCACUCAAGAGAGAAUUUUUGAUACUUUUAAUAUCAGUGUUGAUGUUUCAAUGCCUACUUCCGAGACAAGGAAUAUGCCCAGGGUUGGCGAAAUAUUACUUGUUACAUUCGGACCAGAGAGUGUGAGGCAUCAAAGGUUUUUCUUCGUACACCAUAUCAGAUGUCUUCCAUCACCACAAAGUAACAGAAAUUCCUUUUAUAACAUAACUCUGCAAGCCACAUACAGUGAGAAAAUGCAGUUGUUGAAACAAGGUGAACCUAUGACAGCGAUUAGGUUGGCUUACAUCAAUAAAGAGCUGUCGCUGUUCGAAUCGAUGGCGUAUAUGGCAGGCUCGCCGCUCAGCGAGGCCAUCUUGCGGCCGGAGCCGCGCCACUUUAUGAGGAGACACCAUCCUGGCGUGAAUAUUACAAAUCCGUGGACGAUAACUCUAAACCCGAGUCAAUACGCGGCGGUGGAAUCGUCAGUGUCGGCGGCCAUGGGCGACCGGCCCUGCAUACAGAUGGUGCAAGGGCCGCCUGGGACAGGAAAAUCCAGCGUGAUAUGUUCUAUAGUGAUGUCGUACUUUUAUGACGAACACCGGAGCAAGCAACAGAACCGAGGCAAGAUUUUAAUUUGCGCCACGAGCAACGCCGCCGUCGACGAACUAGUUAUUAGGUUGCUCAACAUAAGGCAAACAUUGCCGAAUGACGAUAGGUUCGGCAUGGUGCGUGUGGGGCGCGCGGAGGCGAUGCACCCGCGCGCGCGUGACGUCAGCUCGCAGGUGCUGGCGCAGCGCGAGGCCGCGCGCCUGGCCAAGGAGCCGCAGCACCGCCACGGGCUCAACCAGGAGAUCAAAUUCGAGAUAUCCCGCCUAGAAGCAAAAAUAAACAUGUGGAAAGCGGCGGUGCAGGACGCGGCGGCCAAGAGCGACCCCAGCCGCAUCGCCUACUGCGAGGGCCGCAUCAACGAAAUUGCGAAACGGAUCGCACUACUGCGCAGCGGCGGCGGUGGCGGCGGCGAGGAGCUCCGUCCAGACCAACUGGCGGCGGUCGAGCGGCGUUACAUCGAGCGCGCCGACAUCGUCGUCACCACGCUCGCCAGCGCGCUCAGCCACAAGAUGCGCGGCCUAAAGCGGCGUAUCGCGCUGUGCAUAGUGGACGAGGCGGGCCAGGCCAUUGAGCCCGAGACGCUCAUCCCGCUCACGCUUGACGUCACACGUCUCACGCUCAUCGGCGACCCGCAGCAAUUACCCGGAUACAUCUGCUCGCAGCGCGCGAAAAAGCACGGCCUCGGCGAGAGCCUGUUCUCGCGGCUCGCGUCGUGCGCGGAGGCCUGGGCGGCGGGCGUCGGCGACGGCGAGGCGGCCGUGACGCUGCUGAGCGAGCAGUACCGCAUGCACGCCGACAUCGCCGACUACCCCAACCGCGCCUUCUACGCCGGCCGCGUGACGUCGGCGCCGCGCGCGCGCCCGCCGCUGCCGCUGCCGCCGUACUGUAUAGUUGGGAUCUCCAGCGGGGAUAAGGGACAACACGCAUCGGGCGCGAACGAGACGGAGGCGUGGGGCGUGUCGCGGCUGGUGGCGGCGCUGGGCGCGGGGCUGCGCGCGCGCGGGCUGAGCCUGGCCGUCAUCACGCCCUACAACGCGCAGAAGGAGCUCAUCAAGAAGUGCCUGCGGGCGCUGCUCGAGCCGUCGGAGGCGCAGGUGGAGGUGAACACGGUGGACAGCUUCCAGGGGCAGGAGCGCGACGUGGUGGUGGUGUCGCUGGCGCGCUCCAGCGGCGUGGGCUUCCUCACCGACGCCGGCCGCAUGAACGUCAUGCUCACGCGCGCCAGGCACGCGCUCGCCGUGUGCCUCAACCCGCACGCAGUACAGAAAAAUCAUCAAUGGCGUACUCUAUUGCAGGAUUCACAAAAGAGAAAAAUGUAUAAAACACUUCCGCAUGCAAUGUGCCAAGCAAUAAGUCUAGCCCCCAACGACGAAAUACUUAGGUAUAUUUCUUAAGUCGUUAUUUUACAUCAAUAAUGUUAUAUAAAUCUUUAGGUAUUUAUUUACGAGUAGGAAUGAAGUGCAGUGUAUCCCUUGAUUGAAUAUCCUCGAAGUAAUCGAAAGUCUUUGAUAAAAUUAUGAAAAAUAUUAUGCUUAUCCUAUCCCAUUACUAGUGUAAAUGUGAGAGUGGAAAGAUGGAUGAUACUCUCUAACUAAAAAUAAUGAACGGAUUUCGAUGAACUUUACAGUAUCAUUGUUUAUAAGAAAAUGAAGUAAUUCGUCAAAUUACAACGAUAUGUGUCAAGUUGGACGGUAAUUCUGUGUCAAACUAAAUAUUACGCGGGCAAAAGCUAGUGGAUGUUACUUUAGAUUUUAGGAUUUUGUAAAUUGUAUAGUAAAACUUAAAAAUUAAGUGAUGGCGCCAUUAGCUACUUGAUUUUUUUAAACGUUUAUUGAACCUAAGACUUAAUCUUCAUCAAUUUAUAAGUGCCUGACUAAUGUAAACUCUUACUUUAAUAUAAUAAAAAAACUAAUAAAGCAUUUAAUAUUAACAAACAAAUAAAAUUUGUAGGGAAUUAAAUUUGUCGUGUAAGCUCUCUAAGUUGAAAAUGGUUUUGGACAUACUUACAUAAAAUUAUCUUUCCCAGUUGCGUGUAUCCUCAGGUCCGCGGCAAAACAUAAAUAUUUUUUACGAAACGUAAUAUGCGGUUCGUACUUAAAAAGAAACGUUUACGUCUGAGAAUGUUGUUCUUUUUAUCAGGACCUGCCUUCCUAGACUAAGUAAGAUUCAAUUCCAAAAUCGCUUCACUCCGGCUUUUUUUUGUACGCUAACCACUUCGCUCUGUGAAGCAAUUGCAGGAUUUGAGUCUGUUAUCGGAUGAUUCAUGUAACUCUCUUCGUGUACUCGUACAUUGUGUAUAUUAAUCCUUAUAAUAGACUUAAGACAUUGUAAUAAGAUCGUUUUUUUUAAUUGGACUCGUCCGAAUUAAUGAAAUAUGGAUGUGAUUUCGGUAAGUUUGUGAUCAUUGGUAUAAUGGAAAGCUUUAAAACGUUGAAUCUAAGCUAUUAGGUGCUGUAAGUAGAAGCUUAUUUAGGUAUGGAAUGAAGUUACACCGAAAGACAGCCAGUUCAAGAAACCUAAGCAAAAUGUUUUUGAAAUUGCUUGUGGGUCUUGCAUUAUUUUUGGAUUUUUAUAUCAAUAAAAUAAUAUAAGCGUUGACUAUUUUAGGGCGAGUCAAUACAUAGAUACCUAGUCGCAGGUUGCGCAACGAAAGUUGAGGUGAACACUGUACUCACACUGACGUAAUAUUUGUAUCUACUAUCGGCCACAGUUCCAGCUACCCAUUUCCGUUUUUUUCUCUCCCUCUCAUCAAAUAGUGAAUUUGCGAUAGAACGAGAGGACAUGACCGGAAAUGGUUAGCUGGAACUGUGGCCAACAGUUUCAACAGUACGAACUCUUGUGUUGAUCGCCUCAACUCUCGCUGAGCGACCUAUACCUUUUGAAAUCUUGAAAUUGAAUUUCCAUUUCGUUCUGUUGGCAGUUUGUAAUUUGUACAUAAUAUGUUAUUGUAAACUACUAUUUAUAUACAUACCAAUAAAAUGGUUUACAUAUUUUAAAUAA